AGUCGCGGAGCACAGGAGAGAGCUUAUAUAGUGUUAAACAGACAAAUUAUUAAGAUAGUUGAAUUAUAACUUAUCAGUCAGUAUAAGGAUCAGCUGAAUUCAAAACAAAUACAAGAUCUUAAAAAGCCUUGUCUCUGACAAAAAAAGAAAUUGUUGCUUUCGUACGGGCCAACGUUACAACCAAUUACAUAUUUAUGAUUUCUAGAAAACUGAAAUAAAAAUGUGAAUAAUCAAAAAACAUGAAUUUCUAAUUAGAAAAGUGAGAAAAAGAUAUUAUGUUGAAGUCUUCUGCUAUGUAAGCCGGUGUUAACCUCACCAAAAACCUCAAACAAAAAGGUUAAAAAUGAGGAAAUUAAGACUUAUCUCUGUUUUUGCUGUGAUAUCAAUGAGCUGGGGUGAACGAGGAACGAAUAUAAGAUUAAACCCUACUACUGGGGGUUAUGAAGAUAUUGCAGUAAGAAUAGGUUCAGAGCUGACACCUAGCAGCUGCUCGCUAAUAUUAGAUAAUAUCAAGGGAAGUCUGACGGCAGCAAGUAGGUCACUUCACCUAGCAACAGAAGGCCAAGUCUACUUUGACAAAAUCUCUAUAGAAGUUCCAAGUUCUUGGAGUGAAAUAGAUUGUAGAAUACCGCUCUCAUCAUCAUGUCUUCCUCCGACAGGAUCAAGGACUGGAGAUAUACUGGUUGGAGAGGAUCACCCUGUCAAAGGGGCGUUCCCCUGGACCCAACAAUCCCAGGGGUGUGGCUACCCUGGGGAAUACAUGCACCUCCCCUUUUCCUUCCUAGCCCCCUCCAACUCCUCUAUGAUGGGGAAAAUGAUCGCUAAUCAAUGGAUGCGCCUGCGCUACGGAGUUUUCGAGGAUUACGAUCCUCGCCGUGCCGGUCUGAGCGUAACCUCUGUCCACCACGCCCUAUGCCGGGGCCGGACUGUCAAGGACAUCAUAACACAUCACCCGGAUUUCUCAACCGUCCGGGAGCCGGGGAACUUCACCCUGCCAAGGUUUUCAAUCACCCGACGCUCUGCUCCGAAAUAUGUUAUAGUCCUGGAGAACUCACAAUCAAUGAAUAUGCGAGAUAACUGGGAUUUUAUCCGGACUGCGAGCAAAAAGUUUAUUGUCCAUGACCUCCCUGACACGGCAGAGGUCGGCCUCGUUCUAUUCAACGAGGCUGCUCAUAUUGCUUAUCCUCUAUCCAAGCUAGGACCUAAAACAAAUCCUCAAACAAGGAACGGCCUCGCGUUCUCGAUCAAGAACAAGUACAACCUCUCUCCCAGCUCAGGUAGCUGUGUAAGAUGUGGCAUAGAACGUGCUAUUGAGGCCCUGCAGGGUUCAACCACGCCCCAGGGAGCGGUCCUGAUUAUCAUGAGCAGGGGCGGGGUAACCUCCCUGUCACUAAGCGAAGAACGAGAAAUGUUGGAAUUGUCGCAAAGGCAUUCUCUUCAAAUAUUCUCAAUAUCUUUACCACAACCUCCAGUAGUAGAUAUAAGUAUAUCUUUAGAGAGACUAGCUUAUAGAACAGGAGGUGAAUCCUUUUAUAUAGUUGAUGACGAGAUCAACUCCGAUGUCUCCUCUUUGUCUUCCUACGUGACCCUGACCGACACAUUCAGGGAGAUCUACAGUAGGACCUGGAGCCCUGCACCUGCACUGAUCUACGAGCAUGAGUACGGACCACACACGGACGGAGUUUACGAGAACCGAGGACACUUCACCCUGGACAAGUUCUCCGGGGGGGAGACAGAGUUCAACGUGUUUGCGGUCAACCCCUUCGAAAACUACCUGAAGAGUAUGACCCUGCAGGACAGGCGGGGGAACCUGUUCUCUGAUAUCAUGGAUAACCUCGCCACCUUCCACAUCUUCUCUAUUUACAACGUUCCAUUUAAAUCGGAGCAGAAUAUCGGAAUGAACUGGAGCUACAGCCUAGAACGUCUUCCAUCUGAAACCAUGAUGAAUUCUCAUAUUGUAACAGUUCUGUCCUAUCCCAGAGACCCCAAGGAGACAAUAAACGUCAGGUUUUGGACUAACCUGGAUGAACAUGCGGUCAGCCUGUCGGCUAGUACGCCGGUCAUAAUGUAUGCUGAGGUCACUGUCAACUAUGCCCCGGUCGUUGAUGCUAGUGUUAUUGUCGAACUCCAGGCAAUAAACCAGUCUGGAUAUCUAACCCCCCUGAUAUAUAUCCCACUUCUUGAUAAUGGAAAUGGUGAUCCAGAUUUGUUUCCUCAGGACGGAAUUUACUCCAGGUACCUGACACAAGUGCCCAGUGAGGGACGGUACACUAUCACGCUCCGGGUUAAUGAUAACUAUGGAAAAGCGUUUGCUCCGCUGAAGAGUUAUGGAGACAAUUCCCGUUCUUGUUGCCAGGAUCAGUAUCAGAAGGUUUCAAACCAGAAACUUGGAGCUUUUUCCCGAAUCCAUUGGGGGGAUUCAUUUAGAAUCCACAAUAUGGAGAAGGGAUCAAUGCCUCCCUCCAGAAUCCUAAACCUGGCUGUAACAAUGCUCCCCAAGACUGAUGAACUUGAGUUUACAUGGAUCAGUCCUGGAGAUGAUUUUGAUUACGGGAAACCAACUUCCUACCAACUCUACCUCGCCACAGAUUCUAGUAAGUUCUACGAAAAUAUUAAGAAAACCAGUCUAGUUGAGAGUUUCAGUGCUUUUAAGCCUGCUGGAAUACAGGAAACCCGGAAGAUCCCUCUGUCGGAGUAUGAUAAGAAUCUGUACUACGCUAUCCUCGCGGUAGAUAAAGAUGGAAACCUAGGUGAGAUAUCUAAUGUUGUUAAAGCCUUCCUACCGAGCCCUGUUCUGCAGAACGACGUGAAGACAAGUCCCCACUCCACGGGGGAUGUGAGCAAUACAGAACUGCACUCAGAAAAGCCCAGCAAGAUACUUUUAUACCUCAUAGUGGGCAUUGUAGGAUUUAUUGUCCUUUGCAUGUUUGUUGUCAUGAUAAUUCUUGUCUCCUUCCGCAGGAAGAAAGUCCCGGAAGAUUUGGAGACCAAUAAGUCGACAACAACGGACAAUGGGUUCAGUGUUAUCCAAGACGAACUGGAGAAUAUAUCCCGGGAUCCAGAGGCGAAACAUUUCCUACUGAGCAGUUCAAAUCAGGAUUCGAACACGACCAAUGUCCCAACACACAGUAGUUUGAUCAGAGAUGAGAGCGGGAGCGUGAGUGAUAACCCAUACGGAUAUACUCCUCGUCAGGUGGCUCCGGGAUACGGAUGGUCAGCUACAACCAAUCCAUAUGUAUAUAAAGAUCACAAUGAGACCUAUGCUUCCAUUGGUAGUUUCCACAAUACCUCACAGGACUCAUAUAUCCGUGGUUUCCAACCCACCUAUGCUCAGCCUAUACCUAAGAAUCUCCGAUCUCAGCAUAUUUACUCCAAUGCUGCGGUAAUUGCACGUAACUCUCCUCAUGGUAGUCACAGCAGCAUCGAAUGCUCCCGAGGAACAGUAACUUUCCAGGCCCAUGCUGAACCCAAUCUAAGUCGGGUAUCUCCGGACUCAAACCAUUCCAGUGAGCAGACGGCAACCCCCACCAAAUCCAUCCUGAAGAAACCAAAGAAUCUGGAGAAUCUUGGAGAUACCACCUCGGAUAGAGAUUCUCAAUCCUCCCAGUGCUCUAGUGUUCCAAAGGAGGAUUCCAUCCGGUCUCCGAGUACUGCCUCUAGUCAACCCUCUCAGCACUCAACCCUGCCUCCGCUGGAGGAUCCAAACCUCUCCAUAGAGAAAACCUACCUAGAAACUAGCUUUGAGUUCGGAGGCGUUGGAGGAAGUCAGGAGGAGGCGGAGAACGCUGUGAAUUCUUGUAAAAUGCCACCGCCAACCCUUCCCAAGCCGAGGGGAGCUAAUCAAGACGUUAUUGUGAGUUCAGAUAAUCUCUCAAACAGUCUGGAUAAGAAGAUUAGAAGCUGUACCCAAGUCUAGCCCCUCAAACUUUCAAAUUUAAUCCCUCCCUUCCCCCCUAAGAUUAACCCUCUCCCCCAGGCUACUAGAGUUCACACUAACAAAACAUUUAAUCUCAUUAUUCCACGUGGAUAAAUAUCAAAUACAAACUCUUGACAGAGAUCAACCCUAAAAAUGUGUGAAAAAUGCUUCCUUUAUACAUAUAAAUAUGCAACAUCAUAACUAAUGAUUAAGCAUUUUUUCUAAAUAUCAAUAAGUGAGAAAUAUAAAACAAUGUUUUAAAACGUUCUAUCAAAUUUAACAGAUAUUGAAAAUUUUGUCAACAUAAUACUUUGCUGAGGCAAACCAUGAUCAAUGCAACAUAUUUGAGAACAAUCUCUUAAAAUCCGGGCUCUGAUGAUGAUCUCCAAACUUGAUCUCAGUUUGAUCUCCACGUUUUUAUUCUAAAAAAGUAGUUUUUUUUAAACUCUAGUCCAAAACAUUUGUACAUUCAUUGUACGUUUAAAACUUACAUUUCGUAAAUGGACAAUACAGUUUUCAGUUUUAUUUUUUAUUUCUUCGUAAAUGUUUAGUACAAAUUGUGAGUAAUACAAAGAAAAACUAUGUUCAAUGAAAACUAAACACAUAGAUUGUACAUUACCCUGUUUUACAUACACUGUACACUAUAAUGAGCUGUUUACGAAAACAAGUGUCAGAAAAAAACCAUGCGAUAAAAUAAAAUGAAGUUAGUUUUAUAA